CAGAGGUUGAGAGACCUCGGGUUGUUUACACGUAGUGGAGGUUGUCUCGUGUAACAAUGAUUUUCUGCUUCAAACAAAUGAGCUUAAGUAACGCACAGAAAUAUACAGAACUUUUAAAAGAAGAUCACACGUCAUUAAAUGAAGGAUGAGGCUGCUGGACGCUCCUGACUGAUGGGUGUUGACGAAGACGUUUCCAGUCCGCCUGAAUGUGCGUCUGCAGGAGAACCAAACCUCCUCCACCUGAAGCUCAGACUCAAAGACAAUCGCCAUGGACCCGUCCAACCAGAAGCACUUCACGGUUGUUGACUAUGUGAUAUUCGGGCUGCUGCUCGCUGCCUCGAUGGCCAUCGGGCUGUACCACGCCUUCUCAGGGGGUCGUCAACGCACCACACAGGAGUUCUUGAUGGCCGACAGGAGCAUGGGCUGUCUUCCUGUUUCUCUGUCGCUCAUCGCUUCAUUCCAGUCCGCCGUAGCGAUCAUAGGCGUGCCAGCGGAAAUCUACACUCACGGUACUCAGUACUGGUUCAUCGGCUGUGCCUAUGUUCUGGGCCUCCUCAUUCCUGCUCAUGUUUUCAUUCCAGUCUUGUACAGACUGCGGCUCUCUAGCGCUUACCAGUAUCUUGAGCUGCGCUUCAGCAAAGCGGUGCGAAUCUGUGGGACUUUGACCUUCAUCUUUCAGACGGUUAUCUAUAUGGGAGUGUGUGUGUACACUCCUGCUUUUGCACUAAAUGCAGUCACUGGAUUUGAAUUAUGGGGUACAGUGCUGGCCACUGGACUAGUGUGCACAUUGUACACAGCAAUGGGCGGUUUGAAGGCUGUCAUCUGGACGGACGUCUUUCAGACUGUGGUGAUGUUUGCAGGGCAGCUGGCUGUCAUCGUGGUGGGGGUGCUGCAGAGCGGAGGAGUGUCUGAAGUCUGGAGGAAAGUCUGGGAAGGAAACCGCAUAUCUGGACUCGACCUAAACCCGGACCCCACAGAGAGGCACACCUUCUGGACUCUGGGGGUUGGCGGGAUCUUCCUCAUGCUGUCCCUGUACGGAGUAAACCAAUCUCAGGUCCAAAGAUAUCUCAGCGCACGCACAGAGAAGGAGGCCGUCAGGUCAUGCUACAUGGUGUUUCCCUCCCUGCAGCUGGCUCUGUCUUUGAGCUGCGUGAUGGGACUGGUCAUGUUUGCACGUUACUGUGGAGAGGAUCACACAGACAAGCUGGGCCCCUCUUCACAUGAUGCAAUGGUGUUAUACUUUGUGAUGGACAUGCUGCAGGGUCUGCCUGGACUUCCUGGACUGUUUGUUGCGUGUUUAUUCAGUGCUGCUCUCAGCACCAUCUCUUCCUCUUUCAACUCUUUGGCCACUGUCACAAUGGAGGACCUCAUCAAACCACAUUUCCCCGCCAUGACCGAAGCUAAAGCAACCCUGCUGUCCAAAGCCUUAGCUAUGUUCUAUGGGCUGCUGUGUCUGGCCAUGGCCUAUCUCACUCACCUGAUGGGAGAGUCAGUCCUGCAGGUGGCUCUAAAGAUCUUUGGGAUGGUGGGUGGUCCCGUUCUCGGUCUGUUUUGUCUCGGGAUGUUCUUCCCCUCGGCUAACUCUACUGGAGCGGUGGCAGGUUUGGGGGCGGGUCUUGCUCUGUCUUUCUGGGUCGGGAUCGGGAGCAUCGUCACUCGAAGCUCUGUUACGAGACCUCUUUCACCCACAUGUAGAGCCAUCCUGCUGUCUGACAACACGACGACUGCCAUUCAGACUGCACUCAGCAACGUCACUCUGAGCCGACCGUCUGGACUGAAGAGGUUUUAUGCGUUGUCCUACAUGUGGUACAGUGCAUUCAGCUGCUUCUCAGUCAUCCUCACAGGUCUGAUCAUCAGCUUUAUCACAGGCCCUUUGAAAGAAGAGGAUGUGACACCAGGAACUACCUAUGCCCUGUUUGGGAAACUGUUUUGUUUUCUACCUGAACACAUCAAAAAGCAGCUCUGCUGUGUGACUCCUACAGAACAGACGGCAUCACUACAACAAAUCCAGCCUCCACCACACAAAGAAGGCAAUGGAUUAGUGCCUCAAUAUGAAGACGGACAAUCACCAGUGGAGACGGACGCUUUUCUUCCCGAGACCAACACACCUUCUGUGGAGUUUGAAACAGCUCCAUCAGAGUGCUGCAGUCAUUUGAGGGACACAGACGGGCUCAUCCAACAUCGACGCGGUGAUGGUUCACUGAUCCGAACGCUGGAAAACAGGAUCAGGAUGUGGACUUUUAUUUUGCUUUACAUCCUGGGACUAAACCUCUGUCAGACUACUGGCCAAGACAACUCAACACAAAUGUAUUAUGUGAAAAUAAAAAUAGAGCGGAGUGCAAUCCCGAACAUCACAAAUAUACUGAAACCCUUUGUGAGCAAAAGUCAAGUUGUGAACGUUGACGAACUUCGGAUAACAACAACCUGUCAGAAUUCCUCGGACAACGUUUUUUUGUGUACCUGUGAGUCGGGCCACAGAUGGAGCGAUGAAGUCUGUAAAUCUCGCCCACAAUGUUGUGAAGAGAAAUGCCGGUUCUCCAAACCCUCCAACCACGCGUGUGUUUCAGACACCACAGUUACUGUCAGCGGAGAGUUAUCUUUGAAACAACAAAACUAUUCGGAUUGUCUGAAAGGAAAAAGCUCUGAUGAAUUUCGGAUUUGUAAUGCCAAUCUGCUAAAGGAGUUGAAAACAGUUUACAGCACUUUGAAGGGAUUUGACAGAUUAGCAAUCAGCGAAUACAGGUUUGGGAGCGUCAUUGCAAGAUUGAGUAUAACCUUUGCUUUCAAUAUCAAUCUGCAAGAUCUGAUUAAAAAGUCAGCAAGCCUGAAAAAGCAACUCGACUCAUCAUUUGAUCUGGAAACCAGAGGUGUUGUCAAAUUAAGCAUGCCUCCUAACCCUGUGCAUUAUAACAGCAAGCAAGAAAUGAAGUGUUCCGUCCAGCAGGACCUGAAUGCUCAAGGAGUCUGGAAGCUGAAAAGAAAGAGUCAAGAAUUUAACAUAAUUAAUGGCACACAGUCAAGAAUAAUAACAAAUACUCUGGAGAGCAACAUCACUGUCAUUGAAACAUCAGAACUCUGGGCAGGAGAGUACACGUGUGUCUACCGUCAGAACAGAGAUGCUAUCACUAUUCAUCACAAGGCCAGCGGUGUAAUGGACGUGUGCUCUAAACCAAACAUUGACAUCAGCUUCGUUGAAGGUUUUCCAGAUUGCCGGGGUUCAGAGGGUCUGUAUGUGGAAGUCAAAUGUGAGAUAGAGAAGAGCAACGAAAUAUAUUCUGUGACAUGGAGAAGCCAAGACGUAAUUGAGCGUUCUACUGUGGAACAAGGUGUUUCUUCAUCUCAGACUUUUGUUAGCUGCAAGCCACCUAACCCACCUGAGCCACCUAAGCUCACGUGUUCUUUUACGAACAGGUGUAACCAAACCACAAAUGCUUCAAUUGAUAUCGAGAUCAUAUUUGAAGGCGACCGAUUCUGUGACGUUGAUGGUGAUUGGAAAAAAACGAAAGCUGAAUUCACUGCAAAGUUAAACUGCAAGGACAAAGUUGGAAUAAGACAAAGGAAAUGCAUGAAUAAUUCUAUGGAGGCGGAGGCAGCAUGGGGACCAGAGGUUUCAGACUGUGUGAAUCAUGAACUGAAUGAUGUGCUGCAACAAGCAAAUAUUGUUGACAUUGGACUCGACUCAGUCGAUAAAAAUGCUGGACGCGUUUUCUCCCUCCUCCAGAAUGUCUCUACCGACGUGAAGAAGUUCGACACAUUUGCAAAUUUAAAUGCAGCCGUUCAAGUCCUUGUCACUUUGAGCCCAAAGCUUGACUCACUCUCCCUACAGGAGGGUGAAGUGGUGGAUGACUUUUUGGGGUCAUCCAGCAAUUUACUGGACAAGUCUCUAAACGAAACCUGGAAAACAGAAGAAGACAAUACUUCACUGGCUGAAAGAUAUCUGAGUUCUGUCGAGCACAUUAUUCACACCACAGACAUAACACAAAGAAACACAAGGAAACAAAAUGUAGAGCUAGAAACAUGCAAUUGCUCACAGGAAUCCCAUUGUACCAACACAGUGUUUAAUAACACUGUCAGUCUCAUGGGAAAGAACCCUGGCAGCGUAAAAACAGCCGGGUUUAAAGAAUUGUCGAAGUAUUUGCCCAAUAACGAUAAAGAUUAUGAACCUAACAGCAUUGUUGUGUCAACAACUACUGAGAGGGACCUAUCAGAUUCAGUCACGGUCCAGAUCAACUUCCAAUUGCUUGAGCCGAGGCCUCGCAACGUUAAGAUGAUUUGUGCAUCGUGGGACAACAACACCAGGGGCUGGUCAACACAUAAAUGUGAAUGGAAGUGGGAGAGAGGCGCUGAGGGUGUCUGCGUCUGCGAGCAUUUGUCAUCAUUUGCCAUACUGAUGGGAAAGUAUCCCUUAAAAGUCCAUUGGAUAACAGAAACAACGUAUGUUGGACUAUCUGUGUCAGUCAUAUCACUCGUUCUCAGCCUUGUGAUAGAAAUAGUUGUCUGGCGCGCUGUGGUCAAGACGGAUUCUUUACAUUUACGCCACACUGCACAUGUUAACAUUUGCCUGUGUUUGUUAGUUGCAGAUUGUUGUUUCUUAGCUUCUUCUGAGCCAGAUAAUAUUUCACCAAACUGGUGCAAGACCUUCGUAGUGCUGAAGCAUUUCUGCUACCUGGCCAUGUUCUUUUGGAUGCUGUGGCUGAGCAGCGUGCUUCUUCACCAAGCACUGUACCUCUUCCAUAAUGUGAGCAAGAAAAAAUCCAUGAAUUUGGCGUUCACCGUGGGCUAUGUGUGUCCUUUGCUGAUCGUUUCCAUUACAUUUCUGGCUAACAAAGCAGGGGCUGAAGGCCAUUACUACUCAAAAGACUCUUGUUGGCUGGUUUACACUUCACUUUUUAAAGGGUCUAUUUAUACAUUUGUCAUACCGGUUGGUAUCAUCGCUUUCUUCAACAUGGUCGCCAUGCUGGUGGUCAUUUUGAAGCUUCUGGAUCGCUCUGCACACACACAAUCAUUUAAUGAAAAAGAAAAAAAGGGUGUCAUAACCAUCUUGAGGACGGUUAUUCUUCUGACUCCAAUCUUCGGUGUGACUUGGGUCUUUGGCUUUGCUGUAAUGAUUCUAGACCUUGCAUACGGAACCAUAGCUUACGUUGCUAAUUAUGCCUUCACCCUGAUGAACGCGUUCCAGGGUUUGUUCAUUUUACUGGCUACAUUCCUGGGAGACCCAUUGAUUCGGGGAGAACUACUGAGACAGCUAAAAAGCAAAGCUCCAGCAUCGACUAAUGAAAGCAUCACUGACUCAACUUUUACUAAGUGAAAAGGAUCCCAUACAUGUCCACAAAUCAACAACAAAAAAUACAUUUACACAUUAAACCACAAGCUAGUUGUUGUCAGUUUUCUCUUUUGAGUUGCUACUUUUUGUUGUUGCUUACUUUGGCUUAUUACCUGUGAUGCUAGAUAACUGCUCAAUAUCAUGUUUUUUAGUAGAUCUAUUUUUUAUUCUGUUAGGAAAUAUUUUCAAACUGUAUUCUUUUAAAUGAAACUAAAAAGUUAUGUUGGUAUGUGGGUAAUGCAAUACUGUUUAUUACAUGUUUUAAAUUAAUACACUGAAAUGUCACUCACACACAGUCAACUGAGAAGAUUCAAAGAUUAUGUACGCUUUGUUGUGUAAACGGAAGUAAAGCCUACAUGUGAGUGUUUCUUUGAGA